AUGAAGAUCUCAUCACUUACAUUGUUCGCUGCAGUGGUGGCAGGAUCCUUUGCCGAAGCUGUCCCUGCCCAUCGUCGUGGAGCGGAUCUCAAGCCCAGGUACUAUUUCCCGAGGGUCGUGAAGAGGCAGGUCACGUUUGACAAUUCGACCACCUCGACCGACCCCAACAGUUCCAGCUCUACGGACUCGGGAAUAGGUAGCUUGAUAUCGUCGGUAUCUGAUGCCUUGUCUGGAAUCGCAUCUCAAAUCUCGGGCGAUACAACGACAUCGACACCAGCCAGCACCGACGCACAGACUACCGACACAGGCACUGACACUGAUACGGCAACGGAUGUGGACACUGCCACAGUCUCGGCUACAGACACACCCACGAUUACAGACUUUUUCAACAGCCCGUCUGCAACUGAUGUCCCUACUAGUAUCAACAGUGAUACAACUUCGACUGGGACGGAUACGGCAAGCAUUACAUCUAUCGCUACUUCAGGUCUGAGCACUGACGAGAUUGGUAUUACUCUGGGGCUUGGAUCCAUCAUUACGACUGAUUCAUCUACGGACACUGACACUGCCACUGCCACUGCAAGCACUACAGACAUCUCUGCUGUCGCCUCGUCUGUUCUCUCAUCGGCCAGCGAUGCUGCAACUUCAAUAUUGUCCGUGGCGAGCUCGUUGCAAUCAGUUGCGGCCACUGCUUCUGGCACAGACAUCGCAUCCAUUUCCUCGGCUUUGUCCUCAGCUGCUUCAGCUGCGUCCUCAAUAGCAUCUGAUGUGAGCUCAGCAAACUCGGUCAUAACUUCUACAGAUGGCACUACCACUUCGAGUCCAGCUGAUGUGACUUCUGACCUCAACUCCUUCAUCUCGGACGUGACAACGACCCCUACAAUCUCACCCACUAUCACGGAUAUCAAUACUCCCACGGACACUCCCACAGAUACUCCCACGGACACGGUAACGGCACCUCCUACUACCACGCCAAAUACAACACCUACGGAUGUGCCCACAGACGGACCAACUGGGACACCAACAACCACUCCGACUGAUACUCCGACAGACCCUCCUCCACCGCCACCAACUACAACACCGACUACUACGCCCAAUACCACUCCAACUGACACGCCGACGACCACCCCCACUGGUCCGACGGAUAUUAACACCACCCCGACUGACACUCCCACAGUUACCGGGGGUAAUGGGAACAAUACCGCGACCACUACUCCUACUGGCACACCAACUGACACAAUCGGCAACACACUGACUACCACACCUACUGAGACCCCCACUGAAACUCCUACAACUAUCCCAACAGUGACUCCGACCGUGACGCCGUUUGUUGGAAACUUGACGACACCAAUUGCAAGCACCACGACUGAUAGGCCCACGACCUCGGAGAUCCCUGUCAACACCGUCAAGCCCACUGGGACAGACUCGGCGACAGUGUUUGUUCCAGACCCUAGCAUUAUCUCUGCUACAACGGCUCCCCCCACUGAGACGUCCAAGUCGGCUUCAACAAGCGCUGCAGUCAUUCCAACGACACUCCCUCGCGUCAUUCAACCACAAGGUGGUGUACCUGACGCGCCAGAAAACUCGACCUUGAUCCAGCUCGGGUUUGAUUACGGUCUCAACUAUGCUUUCGUGGUGUCCUCCCCUACUGCUGUGUCUCAAAUAUUCUCUUAUCUGCCCGUUGGUCUUUCCCACGGAUUAGGUAUUGACCUUGAUCAAGUGGUGAUGCAGUAUUUGCAGCCCUACAACACUUUGGAUACUUUGAACUACAUCACCACUUUGGCUAUGGCGUACAUUCCCGCAGACAAAGUCGACACGCUCUCCCUGCAGCUCCUGAAUCCUAACUCUGAUCUCUACAACAACCCCAACCCGUCGGUCGUAACUCUGAUGGGAAUGAUUGAUCCUUCGAUUCCUGUUCUGCCUGGAUCUCAAAUCGCGGGAGGAGGGACACCCAUUAACUCGGCAAAUUCUGCCGCCACGACUUCUGACCAAAGUGGCACGCCUGACGAUGGCACACCCGGAGGCUCCGACUCUGGGAGCUCGCCAAUCCGGCCGUCUUCAGUUGGUAUUGCCGUUGGAGCCGUGGCUGGUGCCGCAGUCUAUGGAGCUGCCAUGUUCCUUGUUGCGCGAAGGUACAAGAGAAGAAAGGCUGGCCACCAACGGUCAAGCAGCAUGCAAUCAGGGAAUCGUGGACCUCGUGCUGGUGAACAGUCGAACCUGAUGGUUGGGGCACGUGGCAGUUAUGGUACUCGAUUCGGUGGAAGGACCUCUCGGACAAGUGAUCGCAGCAAUUCUCAGCGAAGCGGACGGACGUAUAUCAGUCCACCAGUGAUGGCUGAGAAUAGUUUGGGAUGGAACUGA